AUGAUGGUUGGUGGUGGUGGUAGUGGUCAUUGGGCUGAGGUCCGGGCCCUAACCCUAGAUGUCCUCGCCGGCCGGUGGUUCAUGGCGUUUGCAUCCAUCCUUGUCAUGUUCGUGGCCUCGGGUGCAAACUCCACGUUCGGCCUCUAUUCAAACGCCAUCAAGUCCUCUCUCGGUUACGAUCAGACCACACUCAACUUGCUCAGCUUCUUCAAGGACUUGGGCGCCAACGUCGGCAUCCUCGCCGGCCUCAUCAACGAGGUCACGCCACCGUGGGUAGUCCUCUCAAUCAGCGCAGCCAUGAACUUUUUCGGCUACUUCAUGAUCUGGCUUGCAGUCACUGGAAAAAUUCGUCAUCCCCAGCUCUGGCACAUGUGCCUCUACAUACUCAUCGGCUCCAAUUCUCAGUCCUUCGCCACAACCGGAGCCCUCGUCACCUGUGUGAAAAACUUCCCGGAAAGCCGCGGCCCGGUUCUCGGGAUCCUGAAAGGGUACCAAGGAGGUCUAAGUGCUGCUAUCAUCACCCAACUCUUCCAUGCCUUGUAUGCCAACGACACAAAGGCUCUAAUCUUACUUGUAGCUUGGCUUCCUGCUGCUAUCUCCCUCCCAUUUCUCCGGAUCAUUCGGAUAAUGAAGCCCGUUCGCCAGAUGAACGAGCUCCAUGUCUUCUACAAGUUCCUCUACAUUUCUCUCGUUCUCGCGGGUGCUCUCAUGAUCCUAAUCAUACUCGAUAAACAGCUUCAUUUCAACCAGAUGGAGUUCGGUUUUAGCGCCUCCUUGGUUUUUUCCCUUCUUUUUCUCCCCGUUGUUGUUGUUAUCAAGGAAGAACUCAAUCUCAGGACAAUCAAGAAACAGGCCGUAAAUGAGCCUUCACAACAGCAACCAUCCGCGCUAAGAAUGGAGCCAAAGCGAGUUUCUUGGCUCUCAGACGUGUUCCGCUCGCCGGAAAGAGGCGAGGACUACACCAUACUUCAAGCUCUUUUCAGUAUAGACAUGUGUCUUAUAUUCCUAACUACAAUCUGCGGUCUUGGAGGGACUUUAACGGCUGUUGACAACUUGGGACAGAUCGGUACUUCGCUUGGGUACUCCACUCGAAGCCUGAGCACAUUCAUUUCGCUGAUGAGCAUAUGGAACUAUCUGGGAAGAGUAUUUUCCGGUUUUGUAUCUGAAAUCAUCUUAACAAAGUACAAAGUCCCCAGGCCUGUGUUGCUCUCGUUGAUUCAACUCUUGUCGUGUGUUGGAUACCUUCUGAUGGCCUUCAACCUCAAGAAUUCCAUCUAUAUUGCGUGGAUAAUAGUCGGGUUUUGCCUGGGCGCUCAGUGGCCAUUGCUUUUCGCCAUCAUUUCUGAGAUCUUUGGACUCAAGUACUAUUCAACGUUGUUCAAUUUCAGCUCGGUUGCGAGCCCGAUUGGAUCAUAUCUGCUAAACGUGAGGGUCACCGGUCAUCUGUACGACCAAGAGGCAAGGCGGCAGAUGGCGGUAUUGGGAAUCCAGAGGAAGCCUGGCGAGGACUUGAAUUGCAGUGGGGUGGAGUGCUUCAAACUCGCCUUCAUUAUAAUCACUGCCGUUACAUUUUUCGGUUCGCUUGUGUCGUUCGUCCUUGUGCUUAGGACGAGAGAGUUUUACAAGAGCGAUAUUUACAACAAGUUCCGGCCUGACGAAGCUGAAGCAGUGGAGAUGGAGAUGGCUGUGGCCGGCAAUGUGGUCAGUGGUUCUUCCGCGGUGAAAGGUUAG